AUGCAAUGGCCAGCACUCAAAUGGAGUCCAGACGACAAAUACGUUGCGCGUAUCACACCCGGGCAGAUGAUCAGCGUCCACGAGCUCCCUUCUAUGUAUCUUCAAGGAAAGAAGAGUCUUAAAAUUGAAGGUGUAGUUGACUUCGAGUGGUGCCCGUUAGGAGAGAAAGACAAAGAAGACGCCAAUCCCACCAAUGGAAAGCCCGCAAAGAAAGCCCGGGAAAACAUGCUGGCAUACUGGACACCCGAAGUCGCUAAUCAGCCUGCUCGUGUCACCUUAAUGGCUUUCCCCAGCCGUACUAUCCUGCGUCAGAAGAAUCUAUUUAAUGUCACGGAGUGCAAGCUCUACUGGCAAAACCAAGGGGACUUCCUCUGUGUCAAAGUCGACCGCCAUACCAAAACAAAGAAAUCGAUCUUCUGCAAUUUGGAAAUAUUCCGAUUACGCGAAAAAGACUACCCAGUAGAGGUUGUUGAGUUGAAAGAUACCGUGAUGGACUUCUCCUGGGAGCCAAAAGGCGAACGUUUCGCCAUUGUUUCGAGUAGCGAUCCGAACCUAGGCAAUCCUGGGCCUGGGAUAACUAUCAAAACGGAUGUCAGCUUCUACCAGCUAGAUCACGGAAAGAAUGAUUUCCGCCUGCUGCGGACGUUGUCCUCACGGACAAGCAAUGCCAUUCGAUGGUCACCACGAGGUCGCCAUGUCGUUCUAGCUACUGUCGGCUCUUCCAGCAAGUCCGAACUUGAGUUCUGGGAUCUCGACUUCAACUCGGACGAUCGGAAAGAGGGUCAAACGGAGUGGGGAACCGGCAUCCAACUUCUCGGUAGUGCAGAUCACUACGGGGUGACUGACGUGGAGUGGGAUCCCAGUGGGAGAUAUCUGGCCACCAGCGCCAGUGCGUGGACUCAUACAUUGGAAAACGGUUAUGCCAUCUGGGACUUCCGUGGACAAGAGCUCGUCAAAAAUAUCCAGGAUCGAUUCAAGCAAUUCAUCUGGAGACCAAGACCACCCACCUUGCUCUCGAAGGAGAAACAAAAGCAAGUUAGACGAAACCUCAAGGAAUACAGCCGUGCUUUCGACGAAGAAGAUGCCGCCGAAGAAAGCAAUGUCAGCGCUGAGCUUAUUGCUCAUCGUAAGCGGUUGGUGGAUGAAUGGAAUGCUUGGCGCCUUCUGCGCAGGAAGGAGCUUGGUGGCGCUGACCGUCCACAAAGCACAGAUGAGAGCAAGGAAGAGAUCGAAGUCUGGAUUGACGAGGUCAUUGAGCAGACUGAAGAGGUGGUCGUCGAGUAG